AUGAGUAUUGACAUCGGAGGCAUGAGAAUAAGAUACAAAGAUAAAGAUGAUACAUUUUUAGAGAAGCAUUUAGUAUCUAAGGAGCCAUUUGGUCAAUUUAAAGCAUGGUUUGAUGAAGCUUGCAGUAGAAAAGAAAUAUUGGAACCCAAUGCAAUGUGCUUGGCUACUGUCUCGAAGGAAGGAUACCCUUCAGCAAGGUUUGUUUUGUGUAAAGGCUAUGGAAAGGAUGGAUAUAAGUUUUUUACAAACUAUGAGAGUAGAAAGGCAUUGGAGAUGGCUGAGAAUCCAAAUGUUGCUGCUACCUUCUAUUGGGAGGUUUUAAACAGAUCUGUACGAAUUGAAGGUUUUGUAGAAAAACUUUCUGAAGAAGAAUCCAUUAGAUAUUUCCAUUCAAGACCAAUCCCAAGCCAAAUUGCAGCAUGUGCAAGUUACCAAAGUAUGCCUAUAACAUCUAGAGACAUUUUAUGUGAAAGGGAGAAGAAACUUGAAGCUGAUUAUAUGAUUCCUGGAAAAGAAGUACCAAAACCUAGUUAUUGGGGAGGAUACAUUAUUCGCCCCAGAGCUAUUGAAUUUUGGCAAGGACAAAGAGAUCGCCUACAUGAUAGAAUUAAAUUUAGAAAGCUAAAGGAAGAAGAAAUUCCAGAUGGAGAACUACUUCACCAAGGGGAGGAUGGUUGGGUAUAUCAGAGAUUAUCACCU